AUGGAGCCAGAUUCGCCCCUGAAAAGUACCAACUCCUACUAUCUCUCCCGCAGCCCGAAGCACCACGACACGGCGGCCACAAUGAGGAUCCAAGGCAACACUGUUCCCUCCACGACGAAAAUUAAGGUGCUGGGGGUACAUAUUGACUCCAAGCUCAAAUGGCAGGAAUACGUCAAGCAAGUGCUCAAGAAACCAGGAACACAAACAAAUGCUGGCCUUAACACGAACCACGACGUCAACCUGAGGGCUAACCCUCCGACAAGCGAGACAUGUAUGUCGGACAGUGAUCAGCCCCACACUAACCUACGCGAGUAA